CCGAAAGCAGGGAAACUCUAAAACCCCUCCCACYACUCUCCCUCCACUAGUUCCAUUUCCAGGAGCUUCUGCGAUUUCUCUCUUCUUUUUUGCUGCUUCACGGUCGGAGAUCCAUUUCAAAGGUACACGAUCUGGAACUCCUUCACCGUAGGUUGAAGCUGAUCUCGGCGUUGUCAUGGCGCUCGCUUUCGAUGAGUUUGGGAGGCCUUUUAUAAUCUUGAAGGAGCAGGAGCAGAAGACCAGGUUGAGGGGUCUCGAUGCUCAGAAGGCGAGCAUUGCUUCCGGCAGAGCUGUCGCUCGUAUCCUCAGGACCUCGCUUGGUCCUAAGGGCAUGGACAAGAUGCUCCAGAGCCCCGAUGGUGACGUUACAAUAACAAAUGAUGGUGCAACAAUCUUGGAGCARAUGGAUGUUGACAAUCAAAUUGCAAAAUUGAUGGUUGAGUUAUCUCGAAGUCAGGAUUAUGAAAUUGGUGAUGGCACCACUGGGGUGGUUGUAAUGGCUGGUGCACUCUUAGAACAGGCUGAGCGAUUAUUAGAACGUGGAAUUCAUCCUAUUCGAAUUGCAGAGGGUUAUGAACUGGCCUCCCGGAUAGCUGUUGAUCACCUAGAGCAUAUUGCUCAGAAGUUUGAUUUUGGUGACAGAAACUUUGAGCCUUUGGUUCAAACUUGCAUGACCACUUUAUCAUCAAAGAUUGUGAAUCGUUGUAAGCGCAAUCUAGCGGAAAUUGCUGUUAAAGCAGUUGUUGCUGUGGCAGAUCUUGAUAGAAGGGAUGUUAACUUAGACUUGAUUAAAGUGGAAGGAAAAGUAGGGGGGAAGUUAGAAGAUACUGAACUUGUAUAUGGUAUUAUUGUUGACAAGGACAUGAGUCACCCUCAGAUGCCGAAGCAGAUUGAAGAUGCUAAGAUUGCCAUCUUGACUUGCCCGUUUGAGCCACCUAAACCCAAGACAAAGCAUAAGGUCGAUAUUGAUACAGUGGAGAAGUUCCAAACGUUGAGACUGCAGGAACAAAAGUACUUUGAUGACAUGGUUCAAAAAUGCAAGGACGUUGGCGCUACAUUGGUUAUUUGUCAAUGGGGGUUUGAUGAUGAAGCAAAUCAUCUGCUGAUGCACCGAAAUCUGCCAGCUGUGAGAUGGGUUGGUGGUGUGGAGCUAGAGUUGAUAGCGAUAGCCACAGGUGGAAGAAUAGUCCCUAGGUUCCAAGAGUUGACAUCAGAGAAACUUGGGAAGGCUGGCUUGGUUCGAGAAAAAGCAUUUGGUACAACCAAAGAUCGGAUGCUAUACAUUGAACAUUGUGCAAACUCAAGGGCUGUGACCAUUUUUAUUCGUGGAGGUAACAAAAUGAUGAUAGAGGAGACGAAACGUAGUAUCCACGAUGCUUUAUGUGUGGCUAGGAAUCUCAUCCGCAAUAAUUCUAUAGUAUAUGGCGGUGGCUCAGCUGAGAUUUCUUGUUCAGUUGCUGUUGAGGCAGCUGCUGAUAAAUACCCUGGAGUUGAGCAGUAUGCUAUCAGGGCAUUUGCCGAUGCUUUGGAUUCUAUUCCAAUGGCUCUUGCGGAGAACAGUGGCUUGCAACCAAUUGAAACACUUUCUGCCGUAAAGUCUCAGCAAAUUAAGGAGAAUAAUCCCUAUUGUGGAAUAGAUUGUAAUGAUGUCGGCACAAAUGACAUGAGGGAGCAAAAUGUGUUCGAAACUUUGAUUGGUAAGCAGCAGCAGAUUUUAUUGGCAACUCAGGUUGUGAAGCUGAUUCUGAAGAUUGAUGAUGUCAUAUCUCCUUCUGACUAUUGAUCAAAUCGUGUUUUUUUACUGCCUCACUUGAGGGCCAUGGCUAUGGGACAGUGACGUGAUAGACUUUUUUAUUUUUACUGUUAGUAAAAGUAGGGAGGAGGUACCUUAGAAUUUUGCUGGCAUUAUUGAAAUUUUCCGAGUGUAUGGUUUUUGGGAUGAUGGAUUAUCGUUUGUGUGAAUGUAAGGGAUAAGCUCGAUAUAUGCUUUCUUCAUGUCUUUUAAUUUGGUGUAUCUUCAUUUUUCUGGAAUUCUGAUAUAUAUCGUCAAUGGAUGGAGGAAUAUUAUAAAGAA